AUGACUUUGAUAAAAAACAAAUCGUUCAAAUGGUCCUUGGAUUUUACCAGAAGCAAACAUGAUAAAUCAACUGACAAUGUUAGCCCGCCUGGGUACAGCCAGUCAGCUGGUCAGAACGGUACCGAAUUGUCUAAAGAUAGCGAAUCCAAUAGACUAAUUAUCAAAAAAUCUUGGGAUCUAGCCUUAGGACCACUCAAACAAGUGCCAAUGAAUUUAUUUAUUAUGUACAUGGCUGGAAACUCAAUAUCCAUAUUUCCAAUCAUGAUGGUUGGUAUGUUGAUUGUUCGACCAGUCAAAGCAUUGUUUACACUACAAACAACAUUUAAAACUAUUGAAGGAACACAAGCAUGGGGUCAAAAGUUUAUAUUCUUCAUUGGGAAUUGUGUUAAUAUUAUUUUAGCACUAUAUAAAUGUCAGUCUAUGGGCUUAUUACCAACUCAUGCAUCAGAUUGGCUUGCCUUUAUCAAUCCACCAACAAGAAUGGAAUACUCGGGAGGUGGAUUUGUCUUAAGCUAAUCAAUGUUGUGAUUAAAUUAAGCUGUUAUAAAAUGGAAUCGAUAAAUUAACUGCCUUGUAUGAAAAUUGUGAUUUUAUUGUUUUUUUUUUUUUUUUUUUUUAUGUUUUUUAG